CGGAAGUGAUGUAACCAGACACGCGUGGCGCGGGCCGCCGUUUCCGCAAACAGAAUCGCGUUUGGGUGUGCUGGAUGUGUGAACCUGUUGGGUACUGUACAACUUCAAGCCUCGAAAUCAGAUAGGCACUGCCAACCUCAUUUCCUGUUUCACCUUGAUUUUCUGUGAUACCAAAAUCUCAGCUUCACAAAGUCAUUGAAAGUGUUGGUUCAUGAAGUUUUACCAUCAGUUCAAGCAAUCAUAAAUGGCAAAUUCUACAAAAGCAGAGGAAUAUGAAAAGAUGUCUCUUGAACAGGCAAAAGCGUCAGUGAAUUCUGAAACAGAGUCUUCAUUCGAUAUUAAUGAAAACACAACGGCUUCUGGGACUGGGCUUUCUGAAAAGACUUCUAUCUGUAGACAAGUAGACACAGCAAGAAAGAGAAAAGAGUUUGAAGAUGAUCUUGUAAAGGAAAGUUCUAGUUGUGGGGAAGACACUCCAUCCAAGAAGAGAAAACUUGAUCCCGAAAUUGUCGCAGAGGAAAAAGAUUGUGGUGAUGAUGAAGGCAAUUCAAAGAAAAGAAAAAGAGAAACUGAGGAUGUUCCAAAAGAUGAAUAUUCUACUGGAGAUGGCCCUCAAAAUAAGAGAAAAAUAGCACUUGAGGAUGUUCCUGAAAAGCAGAAAAAUCUGGAAGAAGGACACAGCUCAGCAGUGGCUGCCCAUUACAAUGAACUUCAGGAAGUUGGUUUGGAGAAGCGUAGUCAAAGUCGUAUUUUUUACCUAAGAAACUUUAAUAAUUGGAUGAAAAGUGUUCUCAUUGGAGAAUUUUUGGAAAAGGUACGACAGAAGAAAAAACGUGAUAUCACUGUUUUGGACCUGGGAUGUGGUAAAGGUGGAGAUUUGCUCAAAUGGAAAAAAGGAAGAAUUAACAAGCUGGUUUGUACUGAUAUUGCUGAUGUUUCUAUCAAACAGUGUCAGCAGCGGUAUGAGGACAUGAAAAAUCGUCGUGAUAGUGAAUAUAUUUUCAGUGCAGAAUUUAUAACUGCUGACUGCUCAAAGGAACUUCUGAUUGAAAAAUUUCAUGACCCACAAAUGUGUUUUGACAUCUGCAGUUGUCAGUUUGUCUGUCAUUACUCAUUUGAGUCCUAUGAACAGGCUGACAUGAUGCUGAGAAAUGCGUGUGAGAGACUUAGCCCGGGGGGCUAUUUUAUUGGUACUACUCCCAAUAGCUUUGAAUUGAUAAGACGCCUUGAAGCUUCAGAAACAGAAUCAUUUGGAAAUGAAAUAUAUACUGUGAAAUUUCAGAGGAAAGGAGAUUAUCCUUUAUUUGGCUGCAAAUAUGACUUCAACCUGGAAGGUGUUGUGGAUGUUCCUGAAUUCUUGGUCUAUUUUCCAUUGCUAAAUGAAAUGGCAAAGAAAUACAAUAUGAAACUAGUGUACAAAAAAACAUUUCUGGAAUUCUACGAAGAAAAGAUUAAGAACAAUGAAAAUAAAAUGCUGUUAAAACGAAUGCAGGCCUUGGAGCCAUAUCCUGCAAAUGAGAGUUCUAAACUUGUCUCUGAGAGAGUGGAUGACUAUGAACAUGCAGCCAAGUACAUGAAGAACAGUCAAGUAAAGUUACCUUUGGGAACCUUAAGUAAAUCAGAAUGGGAAGCUACAAGUAUUUACUUGGUGUUUGCCUUUGAGAAACAGCAGUGAACACACAGGCAGUAGUCCCAGAGGGGCUAUGUUCUGUCCUGCACAAAUUUGAACAACUCAUCUCGAUAUAUUUGAUGUUUCUCUGUUUGUUGAUUUUAAUUCUAAAUGUGCAGGAUACUGCCAGAAACUGCAGUGUAGAAAUUCAGCAUUUGCUGUCUGUGACAGAUGAACUUUUGCAUGUGUAUAUAAGAAUGAAUUGGGACCUCUGUCUUUAAAAAAUCUAUUUUUAGGUAAUGUUCUAAGAAUUCCAUUUGCCUCUAUGAUCUUAACUCAUAAAAAUACGACUUGUUAAAGCAACUAAACUCUU